CGAGAUACUUUUUAUGCACUUCUGUUACGAGAGCUUCGUUCGAUCAUUGUUGGAGGUUAUAAUUUCGUAAAACCGGUAAUUUUUUUCACAAAAUAAUGCAUGUCAAUGAGAAUAAAAAUAUAUUCGCGAUCUUCUUUUGUAACCCAUAAGUGCUGUCACAAACAUUCGAGAUCGUUCCAUUAAUUUUUAUAGAAGACAAAAUAUAAUGUUUCAGAAGACGCGAGUUUGGUAUAUCUAAAAAGAAGUACAAUAAAUAUAAUAAAAAAAUAUUAUAAAUAAAAUUAUAUAAAUUAUAUACAUUUAUAUACCAAACAAGAUGUCAGGAACAUUUUUAAUACUUGCUGGACAAAGAUCAGCAUACAAAUGGCUUAAACGAUGUCAUACAUCAUUCUUAUAUAAGGAUGUAAUUAAAGACUCGCAUGUUCAUCAUGCAGCACAGUACUGUAUAUUUGUGAAGGAUAAAGAAAAUAAGCGUUUAUCUAAGGAGGAUAAAGGACUGAAGGACUUUAAAUAUGAAAAUGUAGCGAAUGCAAACAAUUUACAUUCAAAUCUUAAAUUAGGAGAGCAAAUUUCUAAUAAAUUGGGAAAAAAUUAUGAUCAAAUUGAACAAAGAAGUAAUAAGGAACCCUUAAAUCAAAAAAAAUUGGAACGGUUGUAUCCAGAUCCAAAAUCUUCUGUAACAUCUAUUUACUCAAUAAUCAGUCAUGAAUUGAAAGACCCAACAGUUCUAACUUCCAAAUUUGAGGAUGUAACUUUAAAGGAGACAAAAGUAUUUUGGCAAAAUAUUUUGAAUGUCAAAUGGCCAGAAGCUAUGUCUUUUAAGGGUAUUGGUAAAACCAAAAGAAUUGCUUCUAAGAUUGCAGCUUUGAAGUGCUUACAGUGGCUAGAAAUGAAUGACAAAUUGAAAAAUGGUAAACCAGUCAUCUAUGCUAAGGAAGAUAUGAAGAAUAUAAACCUAAAAUCCGUUGAUUUAAGUGUUACUUCUGAACUUUUGCACAAAAUGACAGAAUUGAUCGAGACUUAUGAAACGAAAAUACGGAACAUGACAACACGGGAAGACACCACUGCAACGUACAAUCUAUUACAUCAGACAUCUGAUCAUCAUCCAAUUCUUGGACAAACAUUUUACACGGAUACUCACCAUCGCAAUGAAACAUUGAGACAGAGAUUAUUUGAAAAAGAAAGCGAUAGAGCUGUCAAUCUACCAAUCAUCGAAUUUAGGGAUGAAAUUCUUUCCAAGUUAAAAAACAAUCGAGUUUUAUUGAUAGAAGGUGAUACUGGUUGUGGCAAGACCACUCAAGUCCCUCAAUUUAUAAUGGAUAAUUUUGCAUCGAGUGGAAAUGCUACCGAUUGCAAUAUAUUGGUAUCGCAACCACGUAGAAUCUCGGCUAUUUCUUUGGCGGAUCGUAUCGCACACGAAAGAGGAGAAAAAGUGGGAGACGUCGUGGGUUUUCAAGUGAGACUGGAACAAGUCCUACCAAAGGAACUUGGCGGGAUACUCUUUUGCACUACAGGUAUACUGCUGAGAAAAUUGCAGAGCAAUCCUAGUUUAGAAGGAUGUUCGCAUGUUAUUUUGGACGAGGCUCACGAACGUCACAUCGACACUGACAUGCUAAUGAUUCUGCUCAAGAGAGCUCUUGAGCAGAACCCCGAUUUAAAAGUCCUGAUUAUGUCGGCGACCAUAAACGCGCACAUGUUUCAACAAUACUUCGAUUGUCCUGCCGUUAAAGUCCCCGGCAGACUGUAUCCUGUAAAAAUGCAUUUUCUGGACGAUAUCGAAAAGCUACCAAAUAUCAAAACAUUUCGAUCGUAUAAUAACUUUGAACUUCGCAAUAACGAAGAUGAAAGGCUUUUAGUUGAUUUAAAUAAAAUAGUACAGAUUAUAAAAUGGAUCUCUCAUAAAAAACCGCCUGGAGCCAUUUUAUGUUUCUUACCUGGAUGGAAUGAAAUUACGAAAGUGCAGAGUAUGCUCGAGGAUAUAUCGUUUAAAACAGAAGAACUAUUAAUUUUGCCGAUCCAUUCCAAAGUAUCGCAUGGUGAACAGCGCAAGAUUUUUGAGCAUACACCACCAGGCAUGCGGAAAAUAAUUUUAGCUACAGACAUAGCUGAAACUGGCAUUACUGUUAGUGACGUCGUUUACGUUAUAGAUUCUGCCAUACGAAAAGAAUCGCGAUGGGACAAUAAUAAAGAUGUACUGUGUAUAAGUAAUAACUGGAUUUCUAAAGCAAACAUUAAUCAGAGAAAAGGAAGAGCUGGACGAGUUAAACCUGGUGAAAGUUAUCAUAUAAUUACGAAAUCACAAUAUGCAAAAUUGGAGCCGCAUCCAUUGCCACAAGUGUUGUGCAAUCCUUUGGAAAAAGUAGUUCUCGACACAAAAUCAUAUACAAACGAAAAGGCGAAAAAAUUUUUGAGUAACUUGUUGGAACCACCUAAUCCAGUUGCAAUACAGAAGGCGGUAAACAAUUUAAUAGAUCUCGGAGUUUUGGAUGAUCAGGAAAAUCUUACAGCCUUGGGUAAACGAAUGGCUUUAUUCCCGAUGCAUCCUAAAUUUAGUAAAGCAUUGGUAUACUCCUCCAUUUUCAACUGCAUACAUCCUGUUAUAACGAUAGCUGGUGUAUUUUCCGGAGAAAACAAUCUCUUUUAUGGUGUACUGGAUCAUAAGUCCGAAAUCAGAGAAAAUAAAAAAUUAUAUCAUCCAUCCAGUGAUCAUAUCUCAAUGGCAUGGAUAUUUAAGCAAUGGUUUAAACACAAUACAACAAGUUCACAGUUAAUGCUAAGGUUUUGUAAACAAAUGAGGCUUCGGCAGAACAGAAUGGAAAUACUAAGUCAAAUACGAAAUACAUUUAUUCAACAUCUGAUUCAAUGCCGUUUAUUGAGCAAAAACACAACAUAUUCUGAUUGUGAUAAUUUUGAUGAUGUAAUGAAUAAAUAUGAGAAUAAUGACGAACUAGUACGAGCUCUGUUAUAUUCUGCUACACAGCAAUUGAUAGAACAGAAAAACGUAGGAUUCAAAAAAGGAGUCCUUAGAAAAGGUGUUAACAGACUCCAAACUCAGGGUCGUGCUAUAGCUGUUAUUUCGGGAGAAAGUGUUAAUUAUAAACGAAAAGUUUGGCCAACUUCUUAUUUGACGUAUUUUAAUGGUGCGUAUUGUGAAAUGAGACGCAGCAUAGUGGUUCGUGAAACAAGCAUGAUAUCACCUUUAUCAGUAUUACUUUUUAGUCAAGGAGAAAUUCAAUGUUAUGAGAAAAAUAAUGACAAUAUAGAAAUUGUAAUUAAAGUCAAUCAACGACAUACUUUAAGAUUUUCUUGUAAUAGAAAAACUGCCGAUGUGCUCUUAGAAUUUAGGAAUAUUAUGUGGUCAUUAGUACAGUACUCAUUGGAAAAGCAAGGAGUUAGCGAAUACGGUGGUGAUCUUAAUUCAAAACAGAUAUUUGAAUAUAAAAAUCAAUUACUCGAAACUGUUUCAGAAAUUCUACACGUGUCAUCUAAACCCAUAGAAAAAGCAGAUGAAUCAUCUGUUGCUUAAAUGUAUAUACAUUGUAUAUAAUGUAUUAAAAAAAAUAUA